CCUUUUCUUCCUUCGACUGCAUCAGUAGAGUUACUAAUGCCUUGAGUGUCUUUGCUCUUGUCUUUCUUUCUUUCAUUCUCGUCUUUUCUAUUCUCUUCUUCAAUUCUUCUAGGCUUUCGUGUUUCUUUUUCUUCCCCGCCUUUCUGCUUCAGAUGAGCCCAACGCUGUUCGCCUCCCGGGCUUGCUGAGACAAUCUACCUCCAUCAUGCCUAAAAAUCGCCCCGCGACGUCCGGUUAUGCCCGUCUUGCUCAGGAGGAAGAAGAUAGAGCGAACGAUGCAUACUAUUAUUCGGAGGAUGAAGAUGACUUGCACGGUCCUUCCAGUACGGUGUCGCAGUCCGCCCCACGAUAUGCCCCGAUCUCCACUCGAGCCCAGAUGACUCCUGCCUUCUCUUCGCCACCAGGACACCGGAGGAAAUCGAGUGGACACUACCACCGUGGGCGUCGAAAUUCUGGCGUCGACAUUAAGGCCAUCAAUGCGCGUCUCGAACGUUGGGCCGAGGACUUUGCUUCGAAAUUCAAGAUCAACAGAGUCAAAGGGAAGACACUGGAAGAAGAGAAACUCGAGAUCUACCAUUCUGUUUUUCAACCACCAGAUGGCGUUAGACCGAUUUCCGCUGAAGCUCUCGAGUCGGAGGAAGUUGAACGGGCGCAGCGACAAGCACGAGAGGAAUUCGAGGCCGUUGUUGAAAGUGUCCGUACCGCCAUUGAGUUGGGGGUACAUCCCCGAAUGAUAUCUCAGGGUAGCUCGGGAAGUUAUUUCGCUCGCAACAGUGAAGGGAAAGUUGUAGGCGUCUUCAAACCCAAGGAUGAGGAGCCUUACGCAUCUCGCAAUCCGAAAUGGACCAAGUGGCUACACAGGAACUUAUUCCCGUGCUUCUUUGGCCGUGCGUGCUUGAUUCCUAAUCUUUCAUAUGUCUCAGAGGCUGCAGCAUAUGUCCUCGACUCUCGAUUACGCACCAACCUCGUUCCAUACACCGAUAUUGUGUAUCUAUCCUCGAAAUCCUUCUUCUACGACUUCUGGGAUCGAAGAAAGGCUUGGAUGGGCAAGAAACCGCUUCCUCCCAAGGCUGGUAGCUUCCAGGUUUUCUUGAAGGGUUACAAGGAUGCGAACCUCUUUCUGCGCGAUCAUCCCUGGCCAGACCAGACCAGCACUGGGUUUCGUGCCGAGGACGCUCCAAAGCGUAAGAAGCGACCUUGGAGCGAGGCUUGUCGCCCGUCGGGGAUACACUCGGACGAUGAAGACGAGGACGAUGAAAACAAUUAUGCACCUUCUCCAGCGCCGCGGGACGAGAGUGGGGAGCGGCGAUUCUACUGGACUGAACAGCUAAAGCAAUCCUUCAGAGAGGAAUUAGAGAAACUAGUUAUUUUGGACUAUAUCAUGCGCAAUACCGAUCGUGGGUUGGACAAUUGGAUGAUCAAAAUCGACUGGAAGACAGAAGACGUGUCUAUUGUUGCCGAGCCGCCCAAGACCAACGGGACACAACAGGACGAUGAUGACGAGCACAUGCCUCCAGCUCGUCCUGUUUCCACCAGUCCUGAGAGGACUGGCACUGCAUCCUAUCCGUAUAGACGGCAUGAGACUAUGGUCGCAGUGAGUCGCACCGGAACACCGCUCAAUUCAACGGAGCCACAGGCGACUAUUCAGAUCGGGGCUAUCGACAACAGUCUGUCGUGGCCGUGGAAGCAUCCGGAUGCCUGGCGAAGCUUCCCUUUUGGCUGGCUUUUCCUUCCCGUUUCUCUAAUCGGCCAACCCUUCUCUCAGAAGACCAGGGACCAUUUCUUACCUCUUCUAACAUCCACGGCCUGGUGGAGUGGGACGCAGAUGGCACUUCGGCGUGUCUUCUCGCAAGACGCCGAUUUCAAGGAGAGCAUGUUUGCAAGGCAGAUUGCAGUCAUGAAGGGACAAGCCUGGAAUGUUGUUGAAACUUUGAAGCAUCCGGAUCAUGGCCCCUUGGAACUGACGAGAAGGACUAGAGUCUGCGUAUGGGAUGAUUUGGUAGAUGUUCCGGUUGCUAUCCCCCUUCGUGGACAGCCAUCCACCGAUGCUCAAAAGCGCAAGAUGAGGCGCUAUGACAGUUACGACAAACAUGACGAUUACGAUCCAGACAAUGAGGAAAUGGAUAUUGGCGCUGCCAUGUCUCUGCCGUCGCAACCACAACACGACCUUUUGGGCCUUCAUUCCCCUCCGAGUGAGCUCCCGAACCCGAAUCGAUUCGAGCUUUCGCGCAGCCGAGAGCAUGAGGGGCCGACGCGGGAUGGUAGCCCCGUCACACUGGGCCGUGACAGUGUUGAUGGUCUUGGUCUUGGUAGAGACACGGAUCGGAAUUGGGCUCCUCUCCCUCCUAGACCCGAACACAAACGGCAUCGCAAACAGAGCUCCAUGUCAAGUGCGCAUGGUCAAGCGCAAUUUGUCUGGGGCAGUGACGACCUCGAAGGCGACCUCGGCUAUGCAGCUGCUGAGGGUAUGGAAGGGAACCAGCGCAAGGUCAUUGUCGAGCGGUUAGAAGCUGUGAAGAGCAAAAACCCCGUCUUUACGUGGUGCUAACUGUGAACCAAACUUUUUUUCUUCACGCUAAACACCCUUCCUCGACAUUGUCCUUCCGGAAAAUCCUUCGCUUUCGAAUCUCUCCUUACCCCCAUUACCCCCUUCCUUCUUCUUCUGUUUAGACCUAAACCACCUCCAUCAUCACUUUUACAUUACUUUCUCUCCCAAUUAGCGUUGUUUUUCUUGGCAAUCUGGCAUGAGAUGUCCUUGUGCUGCAAGAGGCAGCAUUGGCCUGGGAGAAAUCUUUGUUGUAUAUAGAAUUUGCGCCGGCUCCUCGGUUAAUACUCCUGUUUUGAGGAUAUGGUCGGAUGUGUACGUGACAGGCAAUGUAGCAUAUAAUGAGACUAAUAUUAGCAUGAUACC